UUUUUUGUGUUUCCGAGUGUUUCGGCAUCCAGCAUCCCGCCCGGCCGCCCGGCGAAAGUCUCUAAUUUCACCUUCUUCUAUCUUUCGUGUUUUUGUAAUUAUCUGUCCGAGGAAUUUAUACCUUGUGCUUUUCCAGCUAUAAAUAGUAAAUCAUGGAUGACAACCAAGUAGCUGAUGACGGUCAUACACCGGACGACGGUCAGAUACUGAACGACAAAGCACCAGAGGAUUUGAUGGAUAUUUUGGUUGCCACCGAUAUUCAUCUCGGAUAUGAAGAAAAAGAUCCCGAGAGAGGUGAUGACAGUUUCAUUUCAUUUGAAGAAAUAUUAAAAAUUGCGCAGGCCAGAGGAGUAGAUCUUAUGCUCCUGGGUGGUGAUUUAUUUCACGACAGUAAACCCUCAGCACAGUGUAUCCAUAGGUGCUUAAAAUUACUGCGGCAAUACUGCUUAGGUGACAGGCCCAUCCGUGUGGAAUUUUUAAGUGAUCAGUCUGAAAACUUCCGCCAUUGUGACUUUCCUGUCGUCAAUUAUGAGGAUCCCAACUAUAGCAUAUCCCUUCCUGUUUUUUCUAUUCACGGAAAUCACGAUGAUCCCAGUGGGUAUGGGCGGAUGAGCACAUUAGACAUUAUGAGCGUCACAAAUUUGGUAAAUUAUUUUGGCAAGUGGACAGAUCUGAAGAAUGUUGAAGUAUCGCCGCUCUUACUACGAAAAGGGAAAACAAAAGUUGCCGUGUAUGGUUUAAGCCACAUCAAAGAUGAUCGGUUAGCCCGAUUGUUUAGAGAUCAAAACGUGAAAUUUUAUCAGCCACAAUGGGAAGCAGAAAGUUGGUUCAACAUCUUCAUGUGUCAUCAGAAUCGCGCACAACGUGGAGUGCUUAAAUAUUUACCAGAGGAAGCCAUCCCACCGUUCAUUGAUUUUGUUAUUUGGGGUCAUGAACAUGAAUCCCGUAUAAGGUUAGAAUUCAAUGAAGUAGGACGCUUCCACGUAACGCAGCCAGGUAGUCCAGUUGCAACAUCACUCUGUGAAGGAGAAUCAAAACCAAAACAUGUGGGGUUGUUGCAAGUUUAUCACCCUGAAGGUGCCAAAGCCCCGAAAAGCCGAUUUUUUCCCAUCAAGUUGCGAUCUGUGCGUCCGUUUGUCUUUGACACUGUUGUUCUUUCUGAGGAAAAUCUAGAUGACAGAAUAGGAACUGUUAAUGAAAAUGUUGAGGCUUUCUUAAAAGACAAAGUUGAAGAAAUGAUUGAGAUAGCACAAGAACAGAUAACAGGUUAUGAUAAACAACCAACUUUACCUUUGAUUCGAUUGCGAGUUGAAUGGAGCGACGAAGAGCAGCUCUUAAAUCCAAUGAGGUUUGGGCAGGUUUACUACCAAGGUUCUGUCGCAAAUCCUGACAACAUACUGUUAUUCCGGAAAGAAAAAACCAAUCGGAAGGUAAAAGAGGAAGCAAUAGACAAGGACGUCAUAGAGGGUAUUUUAGAUGAAGAAAUCGAGGAUGUACAAAGUGUAGUAGAAAGAUACUUCACAGAAGUCGAUCCUUCUAAACAGUUGAAAGUUUUGUCCCUGAAGGGUCUAGGAGAGGCUGUAUCACGCUUUGUGGACAAAAAAGACAGAACUGCAGUCAUCGAUCUCACCAAUCAUCAGAUCAACAAAACGGUUAAAUUCAUGAAAGAACGAGAUGAUGUGAAUGAAGAAAAUCUCCUUGAAAUGCUUGAAGAGUACAGACUGGCUAGAUUGGCAAGAGCCCAAGAAGAAAUGAAAGAGGCACAAGACAUGUUGGAUGGUGAGGACCGCACAGUAGAAAACUUCAAAAUGGAGAGCGAUCAUGAAGAAAAUGGCAAUGAUCUUGACGUGAACGGGGAUGAUCAACCUCAUAUCAUCGUUACGCUGCCGACGAGAGGUCGUGGAAGUAGAGGCAGAGGACGCGCCAAAGCGGAAGUGCCAGCGUCAACUGGCAGAGGUCGUGGCAGAGGGCGAGGCUCCCGAGGUGGUGCGACAACUCCAAGAGCUGCAGCAAGGGGGAUCCCCAAACUAACGCUUACUAGGUCACCACCAAUGCGAUCUCCAGUAAAAUCUCCAGUGCGAUCCUCUUCCAGAACGCCGAGCACAAGAAUGUCCAACCGAGCGCGCAUCACUUACGAUGAAUUUUCCGACUCUGAUUAAUGCACUCACUCGUCAACUUCUCAAUUAACCGUUGCUGCAACUCUAAAAAAUUUGGUAGCGUUCCUAAUAGCACAUCUUUACAUUCAGGGUUCCAGAUAUUCUAUAAGAUGGUUUCCAAUAUAUACUUUGCAACCAUUUCUGAAUCGUUAAACUUUUUUUUUAAAGAUCCCAGGAAAAUUAAUCAGUUUUAAGUGUGUGUGAUUUAUUCCUGAAAAUUUGAUCACACAGUUUGAACUAAACGAGUGAAGCUCAGCCAAAGUGGGAAUGGUAAAUCAACUGCCAAAAUUAUUCAAAAUCAAAUGAACUUUACUGUUAAUGUUAUUUUGAACCACUUGAUUAAAUUUUGUACUUUCAUUGGAUGUACCACAAAAUGAUCUAAUAUUCGUACGCCUCAAAGAGACAAGAUGUGCUAUCCAGGGAGCAAGAAAAAUCAACAAGAUCUUCCCAAACAAUAAAUUCUUGCAAGUAAUGAGAACGGACGUUUUGUCCAUUCAAAAACCCUUUGGAUGAUGUAACGCAACAAUUAUUUUUCAGGGAGUAAUAUUAUCUAAGUUUUGACAACCAAAUUAACCAUUCUGUCACUUGUGCAAGUUACUCAUUCUGCCAUGAGAAAAAACACUGAGUGAGUCCUUGAAUUUUCAGAGAAUCUUAUUUGCGGUCUAAUGCAUUGUUCUAAAAAUGUCAAAGAAAAUAUUCCUUAGUUUUAAAUUUUUAAUUUUUAAAAAAAGCCUUUAAGGAAUUUAAAUUUUUUUUAAAAAAUUUUAUUAGAAGGCAUUUGGCUACAUUUGAAUAUUCAUGCACUAUAUACUCCUUUUGAGAAGGCGACUAUCUCAAGAAUUAUCGUAUACUCAUCUUUAUUUUCGUAGUUACCAGUUUUGUAUUCCGCUCAGCAUCCACAUUUACGAGAGCACAAGUUAGUCAUAUUGAUCUGAAUUUUGUUCGUACAUGUUUACUCUUGAAUGUAGUUUGAAUGAUGGUUCCUGUUUUAAUUACUUAAAGAUGUGCUUGUAUAUUUCCUUCCUUUUAGAUCUUUUUCAGAAAAAGAAUGAAAGAAUGGUCUACUUUUAAGAAAUUCUAUUGUAGAUAGUUAAGCUAUUAAUAAUAGAUAGUUCAUCACGUUGAUUUAGGUAUUCUUAGGAUUAGUCGGUAACUUAAUGUUUUCAUCCUCGUUUUCUUCAGUCAGACUUUUGUUGUCUCUAUUCAAAAGAUGUGUUGUUUAAAACAAAAUUUCAGAAAAUUUAAUAAUUUUAGGUUGUAAUUUUGCUGAUUUUCUCUCAUCUUGUAAAUUUAGAUAUCGUGUUAGAACUAGAGCAGUGUAAAUAUAAAUAGCUUUCUAAAAAUGUCAUUUCAACAUACGUCAUUUUGAAUUUUUAAUUUAAGAUUGGCAUCAAGUUAUCUGUGUUGUUCAAUGUCAAAAUUUCCGGAAAAUAUGUUCGUAAAUAAUCAGCUUGUUAUGUUCUUUCUCGUACUAUAAAGUAAACAUCAAAAACAAAAUCCUCCCGCAAAUUUUCAGACACAUCAACUACUUUCUAAAUUUUAUCUCAAAGGCAAGAAGUUGUAUAGGAGAAAAUUCCUGUUUUUUUCUUUCCCGAUCAAUCGUUAAGUUUUAUUUAUUCAUUUAUUUUUCUAGCUCACAGCCGAGUAAAUUGUUUAAUUUGCACACUUCUGGUAGUUACUGUUGAUGAUGCAAAUGGAAUCAUUAUCGUUGCUUCUAACCUGAGAUUUUCGCAAACUUAUUGCUUAAGUAGCUUUCCAUAUUUAUGAAGCGAAUGAAUGAAGCAGAAAAAUGAACACUGUUUACUUUUUUUGCAAUUUACAAGGAAUUAAAUGAAUACAUUCAAAUAAAUUUCUUUAGUAGAGAUUAAGACUCGCUGUUUAAAAGCUUUCAAUUCAUUUUCUUGUAGAUCAGGAUUUACAGGUAAAAACGUGUUGAAUUUUCCUACAUUCCCUGCAAAUUUUUUUGAUCAUUUUGUAAAAAAUCUCGGCCCUUUUAUUUCUUUUUGUCAGUGAAUCUAAAUUUUCAGCAUUCCUUCCAGCAAGAAGUAAAUCUAGCCCUCUAUGUAUUGUAUGUAUUUUUCCUGAAUAAAAUAGACUUUUAUUCAACUUCAAGCUUUAAAUCCAA